CUACCAAGCGAAGGUAUUCACUCAAGACCGGCUUUCAGUCAGGAGCAUAUCACUUCUUGUCAACCUUAAACUUAAACACUAACCAUGGAUGAUGAUGUUGCUGCAUUGGUUAUUGACAACGGCUCCGGCAUGUGCAAAGCCGGUUUCGCCGGUGACGACGCUCCUAGGGCUGUUUUCCCCUCCAUCGUCGGUCGUCCAAGACAUCAGGGCGUGAUGGUCGGUAUGGGUCAGAAAGACAGCUAUGUCGGUGACGAGGCUCAGUCCAAGAGAGGUAUCCUCACCCUCAAGUACCCCAUUGAACACGGUAUUGUCACCAACUGGGACGACAUGGAGAAGAUCUGGCAUCACACCUUCUACAACGAGCUCCGCGUUGCACCAGAGGAGCACCCCGUCCUCCUGACAGAGGCUCCCCUCAACCCCAAGGCCAACCGUGAAAAGAUGACCCAGAUCAUGUUCGAGACCUUCAACUCUCCAGCUAUGUAUGUGGCCAUCCAGGCUGUUCUGUCCCUAUACGCUUCUGGUCGUACCACGGGUAUUGUUUUGGACUCUGGUGAUGGUGUCACCCACACUGUCCCCAUCUAUGAAGGUUACGCCCUUCCCCACGCUAUUCUCAGGUUGGACCUGGCUGGUCGUGAUCUCACAGACUACAUGAUGAAGAUCCUCACUGAGCGUGGUUACUCUUUCACCACCACUGCCGAGAGAGAAAUCGUUAGAGACAUUAAGGAGAAACUCAGUUACGUUGCCCUUGACUUUGAACAGGAAAUGCAGACCGCUGCUUCUUCCUCCUCCCUGGAGAAGAGCUACGAGUUGCCCGACGGCCAAGUCAUCACCAUUGGUAACGAGAGGUUCCGUUGUCCAGAGGCCCUCUUCCAGCCAUCCUUCUUGGGAAUGGAAUCUGCUGGUAUCCACGAAACAACAUACAACUCCAUUAUGAAAUGUGAUGUUGAUAUUCCCAUGUAUGUGUCUAUACAAGCUGUUCUCUCGUUAUAUGCUUCUGGUCGUACCACGGGAAUUGUUAUGGACUCUGGUGAUGGUGUCUCGCACUGUGUCCCCAUCUAUGAAGGUUACGCCCUUCCCCACGCCAUCAUGAGAUUGGACCUGGCUGGUCGUGAUCUCACAGACUACAUGAUGAAGAUCCUCACUGAGCGUGGUUACUCUUUCACCACCACUGCCGAGAGAGAAAUUGUCCGAGACGUGAAGGAGAAAUUGUCCUACAUCGCCCUUGACUUCGAGCAAGAGAUGACGACUGCUGCCUCUUCGUCCUCCCUGGAGAAGAGCUAUGAGCUGCCUGAUGGUCAAGUCAUCACCAUUGGUAACGAGAGGUUCCGCUGUCCAGAGGCCUUGUUUCAACCAGCGUUCCUCGGAAUGGAGUCUACCGGCAUCCAUGAGACAACAUACAACUCCAUCAUGAAGUGCGAUGUUGAUAUCCGUAAGGACUUGUACGCCAACACUGUUCUCUCAGGGGGUUCUACAAUGUUCCCUGGUAUCGCGGACAGAAUGCAAAAGGAGAUCACAGCUCUUGCCCCAAGCACAAUGAAGAUCAAGAUCAUAGCUCCCCCCGAGAGGAAAUACUCCGUCUGGAUCGGUGGCUCCAUCCUUGCCUCUCUGUCCACCUUCCAGCAGAUGUGGAUCAGCAAGCAGGAGUACGAUGAGUCCGGCCCAUCCAUUGUGCACAGGAAGUGCUUCUAAACUUUGACUAUUUGAAUCAAUGGACUAUUUAUGUGACGUAUUGUAACCAGACUGUCUCAAUUUGCUAUUCCAGGGCAAAAGUUGGCUGCUCAUGACAAGGACAUGAAUGAACAAAAUGUCGUCGUCCAAUAUAUGACGUCAUGAAAUUGCGAGCUCAUAUUCGAAUCUCCAGAAAUGACGUCAUGAUAGACGGUGUUUUAUCGUGAAAUAAACCACGCUUUAUUCAUCAUUGCUUUAUGCUAUUCAUCGCUUAGCUAUGUUAUAUAUGGUAAUAACCGGGGCUACAAGUGGCCCUCUGGUUACGAGUUAGGUUCUGUUAGUUCCAUACCCUUGGCCAGUCAACACCAGACCAGUCAGCAAAGUAGAAAACAUCUACUGCCCGCGUAGAUCGACGUUAAAGAACUCUCUCAAUUAUUCCCUUGAGUACCCAUCUCAACAUUCUUUAUGACCCUUAGGUCCCCACACCAAAAGUGGCUUUUGAUUUUUUUAAACACGAGCAAACUGAAUAUCAACCUAGAAAUACUGAACAUUAACAUGAUGAUGCAUGGUAUUAAACAUGCAUUGAAAGAUCACACUUUCGUCUUCGACAUUGGCAUAACAAUUCCAAAGAAUUUGAUGUUAUGAUUUAGUAAUGGUUGUUACAUUUGACAAACUAUCAGUUAUUGUCAUGACAAGAUUGCAAGAGAAUAUUAAUAUCAUAACAAAACUGGUUUCCUCAGGAAAUAUGGCCUGGGUGAGUUCCAACAAUAUCACAUUGGAGAUAUCGCUACAUGGAAAUUGCAUCACAGUGCUUUGGACGUCAUUGUGACGUCAUCAGACAUUAUCAAAACACAUUACAUUUACUACAUACUUCAGUGUGAAAGACUGAGUUUUCUGAAGUUGAGAAAAGUGAUAUUUUCAUUGCAGUGAACAUAACACUUUAACGGAACUAUUGUCAUACAAGAGUUACUUCCCCUUUAAUUGUCUUCCUUUAUCGUAUGUGUCUAGCCCGUACAAAAAAUGUUGACGUUCUUUUUACGUUAGUUCUACAUUGACAAGGCAAAAUCAUGACGGAUAGUCAUUUAUGGAGUUAAUAUCGCUUUUGCCAUUCAUUCUUCUCUCGAAAAUGUUUUGUUAUAAACUUUAUAUCUCUCAUUUAACUCGUCAAUCGAGACUGUUCGUUUCGCAAAGCGCCUUUUUUGAUUACUUGACCGGCGUGUAUUCUUUCGCUUCUCUCAGCGGUCUCCUAGUUGUCAGGAAUAUUUUUUGUUGAAGUUGAUUUUGUAUAUAAUCAUAUCGAAAUGUAUGAUAAAGAAUUAUCGUGACCCUAAA